AUGCCUUUGUCAGCUGAGACGAUCGCCGAUGCGUCGAGUCGACGGCGGCAGUCGGCAACACUUGGAGAGACGUCGAAAAGAGCAGAAAUUCCCGAGCGUCACAACACAACGAAUCCCGUUCGAGCACGGGCUGCGUUGCGGAUGAGGAUGCCUUUUCAGGAGGAAUUCGCCCAAAAUGAGGUGACUGACGAGGAGAACACGUGCGCACGAUUGGACGGCGAUGAGGUGUGCGACCGGACUUGCAAAAAGAACGACAACAACAGCUCCGGACGAUGUCAAGCAGACGGAGAUCAGAUCACAUGCAAAUGCUCGCCCUGUGAAACGUCCAUGUGUGACUUUGAGAAGGAUCACGAAUGCGGCUGGGUCGACAUGCAUUCACUCGACAAGAACUACGGCAAUUUCAGCAUAGCGUCGAAACAAAACCAAAAAAACCGCUACGGGUUAUCACGACUAGCCGGUCGCAGUUACUCGGGUCUUUUCCGACGAGGUUCAUUCAGAGGUCCAAUAGCCUUGUCUGUUGAUGUCUACCCUACCGAAGGCAUCGACGUACGAAUCUGCGUCGAAAACCUACAACGAUGCCAAACACAAAAAGUCACAGCGAAAGCUUGGAAUCGUGUGAAGGCCAGGAUAAGGGUUAAAGAAGCCAAAAGGGUGAGGUUUUGA